AGAUACUACAAUUUUUCCUCUACAAACAAACAAAUAUUAUAUAUAAUUAUACGUGAUGAAUUUUCAAUCUGUUGGAACCACUUUGAAGACGAUUAGUCCUUCUGUUGCUCAUUUUUCCACCACCAUGGUGAAACUGAAACCUCGUCACUUGGUGAAUAUGUUGGAAUUAACCAAUGAAGAACUUGCGGCUUUGGUUACUAAAGCCGCUGGCUUCAAGGCUCAAGUCCGCUCUGGUAACCCAGCACCCAUCGAACAACACCAAAAACUUUUAGGGAAAUUAGUAGCACUUGUUUUUUCCAAAAGAUCAACUCGUACUAGAAUUUCCACUGAAGGUGCUGCAUCUUAUUUUGGGGCUCAGCCAAUGUUUUUAGGAAAAGAUGAUAUUCAACUUGGUGUUAAUGAAUCCUUUUACGAUACUACCAAAGUUGUUUCUUCUAUGACCUCCUGUAUCUUUGCUCGUGUGGCAAAGCAUCAAGAAAUUGUUGAGUUAUGUACACACUCUUCAGUCCCAAUUAUUAAUUCCUUAUGUGAUAAGUUCCAUCCUUUGCAAGCAAUUGCUGAUCUUCUUACUAUCAAAGAAGCAUUUGGCAAUAAGACUCUGGGCUUAAAACUUGCAUGGAUAGGUGACUCUAACAAUGUUAUUAAUGAUUUGGCUAUUGCAGCUCUUAGAUCUGGAAUUUCAGUUGCAAUUUCAAUUCCAAAAGGUAUUGAAUUCGAUCAAAAGAUCAGUGAUAGUGCAAAGGAAAUCGCUGAGUCUAAUAAUGCUACAUUCGAGAUCUUCAACAACCCACAAGAUGCCCUCAUCAAUGCUAACAUCGUUGUAACUGAUACUUGGAUUUCUAUGGGUGAAGAAGCUGAAAAGGAAUCUAAACUUAAACAAUUUGCAGGUUACAGAAUUGAUGCCAAUAUGAUCAAGUCUGGAAAGGCCGCUGAAAACUGGAAGUUCAUGCAUUGCUUACCAAGACAUCAAGAAGAGGUUGCCGAUGAUGUGUUUUAUGAUGAAAAGAGAUCUUUAGUUUUCGAAGAAGCAGAAAAUAGAUUGUAUGCUGCCAUGGCUGUCAUUGAUAGCUUUGUGGUCAACAAGGGAGAUCUUUUAAAGUAGGGAGAAAAAUACAUAUAUAUGAUAACGAGAAUAAUAAAAGAAUAAUAAGAAC